CAUCCCCAACCCCUACGAACGACAACCACGACCACCACCCCAACACGGUGCCAUUCACUGCUGCCACUCAUUGAAGUUGACGCUCCCACUGCUACUGCCAGUUGUGAUGUGACAGAAGGUGCGAUCAGGCCGUGAAUGGGUUCUUGCCAUGCUCCGCUGGUGCAAACCCAUUGUCUUGACCAGGCUAGUCCCGUUUGAGUAAGAGCUAUCUCGCUUAGCGCAAAGGGUGCGGCUGUGGAAUUUGUUAUAAUUCUGGCGACACCUGCCUCUCUCCCUCCCUUUCGAAACCACAUCAAAACCAGAUCCGCUCGAGUCACCACAACUUUCCACUCCCCAUAACAAACCAGACUUCUAGGGCACCUAGCUACCCUAUCACUCCCCCACUUGUGCAAGAGUCAAUAAUACUCAGCAACGUCGACCAUUCCACACACACCACAAGCUAUUCAGUCAAACAACCCACCAUAUCUCAACAUGUCUGCCAUUGUGGAGAAAGUUUCUGACGCCGUCAACGACGUAACUGCCGCUCUUGGCAACACAACGAUCUCUGACAAGCCCGCCGACACUGCUACUGGCGGUGACAAGGCAGCUAGCACUGCUCACAAUGAGGCAGUUCUAGUCAGCGCUGCAGAGGGCCGUAGACUCUAUAUCGGUAACCUCGCAUAUGCGACUACUGAGGGGGAGUUGACUACAUUCUUCAACGGAUACUUGGUGUAAGUUGUCCUCAGCCUCAGCAAACUGCUCAUUUCCACCACCCCACAUUUCCUGGACAAUGACUCGACCGGGCUUCAUACUUUGCAAUGUAUCUAGCUCCGAAAAGUUCACAACAUUCCAAGCUUCCUGUACUGACAUUGCUUCCCACCUAGUGAAUCUGUAUCAAUCCCAAAGAACCCACGUACCGACCGACCAGUUGGCUAUGCAUUCGUCGAUUUAUCCACCCCAAGCGAGGCUGAACGUGCCAUUUCAGAGCUUUCAGGAAAGGAGAUCCUCGAGCGCAAGGUUUCUGUACAACUUGCCCGCAAGCCGGAGCCAGCUGGUGAGAAGGGAGAGGGUGCUGCAAGCGGAGGUGAAGGUGCUUCUGGUGGAGAGGGUGGUCGUCGCCGCCAAUCUGGCCGAGGACGUGGUCGAGGCCGUGGCCGUGCAGGACGUGGCGGACGUGCUGCCAGAGGAGUAAGUUGAACUCACCAUAUUUGCAUUGCACUUUUACUGACUACUUCCAGUCCAAGGGAGAGGAAAGUGCUGAAGCCCCAGCUACCACCGAGGCCACAGCAACCGAUGCUACCAAGGAGACCACCGAGAAGAGCGAGAAGGACAAGGACGGCAAGCCACAAACUGCCCGUCAACCACGCGAGCGUCGUGAGCGUGGUCCUCCAGCUGAUGGCGUUCCAUCGAAGACCAAGGUCAUGGUAGCCAACCUUCCUUAUGAUCUCUCUGAGGAGAAGGUAAGAUACCCCCAUCUGCAAAUUCUACUACCGUUCAUUCCUAACCUCUGCCAUAGCUUAAGGAGCUUUUCGCUGCUUAUGAACCAUCUUCUGCCAAGAUCGCUCUUCGUCCAAUCCCACGCUUCAUGGUCAAGAAGCUCCAGGCUCGCAACGAACCUCGCAAGGGCCGUGGAUUCGGUUUCGUUACCCUUGCCUCCGAGGAGCAACAACAAAAGGCUGUCAACGAGAUGAAUGGAAAGGAGAUUGAGGGUCGCGAGAUUGCUGUCAAGGUCGCCAUUGACAGCCCAGACAAGACCGAUGACGACGUAAAUGCUCCAGCUGCCGAGGCUGCUACUGAGGAGAAGGCCACCAACGGCACUGCCGCUGAGGCUGCCGCUACGGCUGCCCCAGAGGCUACUGCUGCUUAAGCGGUAGUCGUGUAUUAUUGUACGAUGAUGAGCGCUUCAUUUCGCAGAACAAUAUCAGAUGCAUUCUUUUACACGUUGCUUUUGGAACAUUGUUCGGCGCCAUAUGGAUCGCACUUGCGGGAAAGCUGGAUUUGUGGUGCAUUGAGUUUCCAAUGAACCUGACCAGCACUUUAUGAUUUUCUUUUAGGUGGGAUCAUUAUACCUUAGGUGGGUGGUUUUUGAUGGGGUCUUGAAGAAUUUUAUUUAUGGAUUCAUGCUGCCCACCGAAUUCUAUCAAGCCAACGGGCUAAUGAUUCUCGAUGACUCUUCUUACAUGAUGUGUUACUACCAUUUCUCCGGCACUCUCAGGG